UCCUAGGCAACGGCGGAAGUGGAAGGGCCGCGGCCUGCCUCGGAGGGAGACCGGACGGGACCGGGAGGCGCCGCCGUUGCUACCGCCCAGCGCAGCCCCGCCGAGCCGCCAUGAGUGACCAGCAGCUGGAUUGUGCCUUGGAUUUGAUGAGGCGUCUGCCUCCACAGCAGAUAGAGAAGAAUCUCAGUGACCUUAUUGACUUGGUUCCGAGCCUCUGUGAAGAUCUCCUCUCCUCCGUUGAUCAGCCAUUGAAGAUUGCACGAGAUAAGGUGGUAGGAAAAGACUAUCUAUUGUGUGACUACAACAGAGAUGGAGACUCAUAUAGAUCACCAUGGAGUAACAAAUACGAUCCUCCCCUGGAAGACGGUGCCAUGCCAUCUGCUCGCCUGCGCAAGCUGGAGGUGGAAGCCAACAAUGCCUUUGACCAGUACAGAGACUUGUAUUUUGAAGGUGGAGUCUCCUCUGUCUACCUCUGGGAUCUGGAUCAUGGCUUUGCCGGGGUGAUCCUCAUUAAGAAAGCUGGAGAUGGAUCAAAGAAGAUAAAGGGAUGCUGGGAUUCCAUCCACGUGGUGGAGGUUCAGGAGAAAUCCAGCGGUCGUACUGCUCAUUACAAGCUGACCUCCACAGUGAUGCUGUGGCUGCAGACUAAUAAAACUGGUUCUGGUACUAUGAACCUUGGAGGGAGCCUCACCAGACAGAUGGAGAAAGAUGAGACUGUGAGUGACUCCUCUCCACACAUAGCCAAUAUUGGACGCUUGGUAGAGGACAUGGAAAACAAAAUCAGAAGUACACUGAAUGAGAUUUAUUUUGGAAAAACAAAGGACAUCGUGAAUGGGCUGAGAUCUAUUGAUGCUAUCCCCGACAACCAAAAGUAUAAGCAGUUGCAGAGGGAGCUUUCUCAAGUGUUGACCCAGCGCCAGAUCUACAUCCAGCCUGAUAACUAAAGCACUCCAGGUCUGUGCAGACUUUUGCAGACAAAUCAAAACAAGAAGCUCUUAAAAAUGACCUGGUGGAGGCUUUGAAGAGAAAGCAGCAAAGUUAAAGUCCUCUCCAUGCUAACAAGACAUGCCAUGCACUCGUUAGAUUCCUUUCUUAGAGAACUCAUCCCUCCCCUUUGCCCUUUUCUGUUCCGUCACGUCACGAUUUGCAUUCAGUACUACCCGUGCAACGCCAUCUCCUCCCCAUGAAUAAAGCUGUACAAACUUUUUCAGUCUCUGAGGCCUACUUUGCACCACAUUUUACUCUUGAGACCUUAGGCUAUGUCUGUAGAAGUCCAUGUAUUUUUUUUCCCCCCUUCUCCUCUUCCACCUUCCCUCCCCCCCAUCUAUAUGCAUAACCACGGAUCAUUGUUUGUCUUCUCCUCCCCCUCCUCCUGCCUUUUGUUACAUUGGUGUAAAAAAUGUAAAACAAGAAUUUAUUAAAUACUGUGGUGUGUGAAAGAAGAACUGGAAAAAAGGAAAAAAAAGACUAAUAAAUCUAUUCCACGUAUGUCUGGGGCUGGGCACAGGGAAUGUUGCUGGGAGGGAGGGGAGAGAGGGUGUUCCUCGGGGUUGUACUGUACUGAGUGAACCCGUUGCAAGGAGAUGUUGAUGAGGAGACCUGCUGAGAGCUCUGCUCUUCCAGAGCCUGGCUCUGAGGCGCUUUUCUGUCAAUUUUUAUGGAAUGCAAAAAAAAAAAGGGUUUUCUUUUGGGUUUGAUUUUAUCUUUUUUUUUUGUAAAGCUUAAAUUGAAUCUACAUCUGAGAUUGAGCCUCCAUAGAAAAACCAGAAAAAAAGAGAAAAAAAGACUAAAAUGACAAUAAAAAAUCCUCCCAGGAA